CCUGCGCCAGUGUGAGACACGCCCCUUUUCUUUCUGCAAACCAUGUGGCUUUCGAUGGUAAAUAAAGAUCAAAGCUAAAUCCCAACUUUGAUUCAAACCUGAUUUUUGUUGUACCAACGCAAACGUCUGCACAACCGAAGCAGCAAAGAUGUCGGACGGCGACGUGAGCCUCCAGCAGCAGGUGGAGUCGGUGCUGGGAGCGCUCGUCAAAGCUGCCACCGUGGAGUUAACCAAACUGUUCGAGAGCAGGUACGGAGCCUCGGCUCUGGGUGUGGAGUCGGGCCGCAGCGAGGACUGGAAGGAAAGCGAAACCUUGGAGGAACGGGACAGUUUGUCGACAGGGAACAACAAACGCAGCAUCGGGGUGCAAGUGGACGAGGAUGUGCCGCUGGAUUUUUAUGGCCCCUCUCUUCUCUCAGUUGGGGAUUGUUUAAAGGACUGCAGGGAGGUGGAGGUGGUGGUGGAGGGGUGCCUCAUUCCUUCAGAAAUCCUUCUGGCUGAGGAUAAUGGACAAGUUGACCCCAUGGGGUCCUCUCUGAAGGAACAGGUUGUGGUGGAGAACGUGGAUAUGAUGGAGUUAAGCGUGUUGGAAGCAGGGACAAAAGCUGAAUGUAAUCCUCUAACAAAGAUUGUUUUGAUCCCAUCUUCAGGGACAACGACAGAGACAAUAAAACACGGAUCUACUCCAACUAAGCAGAAGCCACUCGUCAUCCAACCAGACACAAGUGAAGCCAUCUCUGGGGAGAAGGUGAAGUUUGUUUGCCCGUUGAUCCUCAAACCAGAGUCUCCAGCUUGCAAAGCGGACACUUCAGAGAACCCGGUUCAAGCUGAGCCUCAGCCUGCCUGCGUCAGCACCGCCAAGGGCACCGCCUAUAGUCCGUCCCCAUCUGAUGGAGCUGCGACGCCUGCUCCGGUUAAAGUUUGGGAACGGAUCAACACGCCAAAGGAGACAGACCUCCACCUGAAACUGAAAGGAACGUCUCUGGAUAAAAAGCUGAAGGCUCCCUGUGCAGUCCAACUGGUGGAUGUGGUCAAGGUGUCUGAAACACAGAUGAAGCUUCAGGAUGAUGUUAUCAAAGGUCAUGAUGUUAACCACAAAAGUGUCUCCCCUCUGCCUAAAGAUCUCCGCCGCCACCAAGGUCUACACACGGGCCAUCGCCUGUGCUGCUUCACCCGCUGUGAUAAUGAUAUUUGGCGGCUAGAGAAGGUGGUCGCACACUCCCGGGAUGGCUACACAUGCAGCAUCUGUAAGAAGAUGUUCAAGCGGAGGAAGAUUCUACGAAGACACGAGCGCUUUCACUCCGGAGAAAAACCGUACUCCUGUUCGGUGUGUUCGAAGACAUUUGCUUUGAGGAAGAGUCUCCGCCGACACCUGAGGUUCCACACAGGGGAGAGGCCACACACCUGCACAAAAUGCAACAAAAGCUUCCGUCUGCGAGAGAAUCUGAAAGCCCACCUGAGGUUUCACACAGGAGAGAAGCCUUUCAGCUGCCUCACCUGUGGAAAGAUGUUCAGGAUCAUGAGGAAUAUGGAGAGUCAUCAGUGUGAUGUGGGCUUUGUUCCUUCAUUCAGAACGAUUGCUGGCUUUUAGCUGUGGAUGAAGUGGAUUGUUGUGGUGUAUGCGCCACUUUCUACCUCUUUGGAAAACACUUUGUGGCAGACUGUCAUACCAUGUUAAGAAAAGCUAUCACAGAGCUAUUAGAGAUUCCAGAUUUAUUGCUGAUAUCCCAUUUCAUUCAGUCAUUCCAGUCAUGUAAUGACAAACAAGAGGGGCUUUCAUUGAGGCUGGGACAUUGUUAUACACACUUCUACUACUGAUGCUUUUAGAAAAUAUAUAUUUUUGCUUUUUAUAGUUUUGGACACGUUAAAGGACCAGUCCAGUGUGCCAACUUUUUUGCAUUGACCCUCUGAGAACCUAUAAGGGAUCUCCUCCACCUGGUAGAGUUAACCAGGAAUACAAUAUACAUGCUGAUAUACUCUACCUCCUUGGAGCUUGUUGUAUUUUGUAAGUGUUUUUUAGUGCAUUAGUAAAAUUUUAUGCUUUUAUUGACAAAAAUAAAUAAAUAUAAAGACAUUUUGGGCAAAAUUCAGAUCCUCAACUACAAACAUUCCCUGUGUCAAAGCCAUGUAUAAAGUUCUUCCACUGAUGUUUUGUUUUUAAUCUUUGUUAUUUUGAUACUUACUUUAACUUGACGUAUCUACUCUAAAAGACUGUUGUUUUGUACUCAUUUUAUGUGUGUGAUGUAUAUUGACUUCUUUGUUUUAAUAACACGUGUUAAACUCUCCAUGCACACUUUAUAAGAAAAUCCAGUUUUAAAAUGAAAUACUAAGAAUAAUCAUCCCACUGUAACUUGUCUUGGCAAACGAAUGUAAGGAAUCUUGUCUUUUUAGAUACUUUUUUAAUCCUCUUUAGUAAAUACACUCUACAUAGACAGUUGUCUGUUUAAUCUUUUAAAACAUGUGAUGCCUGUUUUUUGUUUCGUAUCAAUAAAAAAACUUUUAUUGUAUUUCAAAGUGUUUAUAGCUGUUUUAUAGUGUAACUGAUGACCACACUACAUUCAGAAAGGAGGGACAGAACAUCAUGUUGUUGCUGUUUACAUGUUGUCACUGAUGGCUUCAGUAAGAGUUAAUAAAGACACAGGUCAUGCUUUGUA